AAAAGCCUUUUGAUCUGAAGGUGUACGAUUAAAUGUUUGAAAUGAACGUUAUACCAAUUUACACUGCUGAAUUUUUCAGUGAAUCUCUUCCAGGAAUGCCAGUAUUCAGACUACACUCAGCACAUGGGGUCUAAGCUUUGAGAACAAGCUGCUGAAUCUGACUGGAAGAGUUCUUCCUGCUGAGAGGAUCCUACAGGGAGCGAGAGCAGUAAGGGGGACCACAGAACACGGAGAACACAGAACUGUACACGACACGUGUCGCACUCUUGCUGAGUAGAGUUUGUGUGUGUGUGCGCGUGCGCAGUAUGAGUACAACCCAUGUGACGCGGAUUGGUCUAAAGAGAUGCGAGGUCUUCCUCUGAUGACCAGCAUGCCUCUGGAGAUCUGGCUGCUGUCCCAUACGCGCCGUAACGCUGACGUCGCUCACUCACUGCUGCAGACCCUCAACAAAGUGCCCGUGGGCAUCCACCUUCAGAGGCCGGGAAUGAUGGAGUACGAUGAUCGACAGGAGGCUCUGCAGCAGAGAGUGGGGCAACAGGUUCAGAUGGUGGGUCUCACACACUGGGUAGACUCAAGUGUGACCACGUAGUUUGUUUAGGAUUCAAAUAUUAAAGUAUUUUACUAUGCUGAAAAUGUUCAGGUUAGUAUCCAUACUUUUUAGGGUUUAAGGUAUAGAAAAUGUAUUGUAUUGCUUAGAAAAACCGUACAUGUGACUAGUAAUGUAACGACCAUUAUAUUCAUUAUUUGAAUGAACAAGUAAUUCACUCGCUGUCCAUUUUAUUAGAAACACCCUCACAUUCAUGUAGUUAUUCAAUCAUGGGGCAGCGGCACGAUGCAUAAAAAGAACUUGAGAUAACGUUCACGUCAAGCAUCACAAUGGGUGAAAAUUGUGACCUCUGUGACCUUUACCGUGGCAUGGUUGUUUGUAUCAGAUGGGCUGGUUUGAGUAUUUCAGAAAUUGCUGAUCUCCUGGGCUUUUCACACAGAACAGUCUGUAGAGUUUACUAAGAAUGGUGCAAAAAACAUUGAGAGAACAACAGUUGUGUGUGGAUGGAAACGCCUUAUUUCUGAAAUACUCAAACCAGCCCAUUUGGUACCAAUAACCAUGCCAUGGUUGUUUGACGUACACAUUGACUGAAGCUCUUGACUUGUACCUGCAUGAUUUUAUGCAAUGUGCUGCUGGCACAUGAUUGGCUGAUUAGAUAACUGCUUGAAUGUGAUAUAAAAUAUAUGAUUGAAAGGACUUUGAUUUAAAAAUAAAUAAAAUAAAGGGGGGGGGGGGGUAGAAGAAAAAAUCCACAUUACUAUGGGUAAAUAAUAUAGAUGGCACUAGUGCUGCACAAUUAAUCGAAUAUCGAUCGCGAUUACGAUUUUGACGGGCCAUGAUUAAAUGAACAUGAUCGACUGCGAUAUUAACGUUUAAAGUUCGUCCUCCGCUAAUAGAAAACUCAGCUGCAGAUCAAAUCAAGUGCUUCCUACACUUAUAGCCAAUCACCAUAGGGUAGCGCAGGGAUGAUGUCAUUUUGUAGUGCCAAAACCCGGAAACGGAGUUA